GUGUGCAUCUGGUGGCGGCGGCCGCGGGCCGGGACCGGCACAGACCCGGGGAAGCGGCCCCGGUAGGUACCCCCUCCCCCCCCCCCCCCACACACACACACACCCCCCGGGCGCCGACAUGCGGAGGAGUAGCGGGAAACAGCUGAGCCUCAGGGAGCGGCUCGAGGGGCGCGAACUGGACCUGAGCCUCAGCGGCCUGAGCGACAUCCCGGUCAGAGAGCUGAUCGCAUUACCCAAGGCCACAAUCCUGGACCUGUCCUGUAAUAACCUCAUCAUGUUACCGCCUGAGUUCUGCAGUCUGACCCACCUGGUCAAGCUGGACCUCAGCAAGAACCAGCUGCAGCAGCUGCCCGGAGACUUCGGCCGCCUGGUCAGCCUGCACCACCUGGACCUGUACAACAACAAACUGGUCAGCCUGCCCGUCAGCUUCGCACAGCUCAAGAAUUUAAAGUGGUUGGAUUUGAAAGGUAAUCCACUUGAUCCAGCGCUUGAGAAAGUGGCCGGGGACUGCCUGGACGAGAAACAGUGCAGACAGAGCGCUGUCAAGGUUCUGCAGUAUAUGAAAGCCAUUCAGUCUGAGCAGGACCGGGAGAAACAGAGGCGGCUGCAGAUUGAGAGAGAGCUGGAGAAAAGACGAGAAGCAGAAUUACGAGCGAAGGAGGCACGAGAACGAGAGCUACGCAAACGAGAGAAGAUGGAGGAGAAGGAAAGACGCAGGAGGGAAUACGACGCACUGAGACAACGAAGGUUGAACGAACCAAAGAAGGAGGAAAGCGAUGGUGUGACAAAAAAGCCGGAAUCCUCCGCUCGGCCGCCAGCUUCCCCCAAGCAGCGCUGGCUGUGCGACGUGCUGCUGAAGCUGCUGGUCUUGCUGUGCGUGCUCGGGGUCACCGCGGUGCUGUUGUGCCGCACAAAGCUCCUCCACACGCCGGGCUGCAGCUCCCUCAACCAGCUGUACGAAGCCGCUCUCCGCAGCCUGCAGACAAACCAGGCCGUCCAGAGGCUGUUACGCAGCAUCCCUUUCCCGUGACUCCCCGCCGGGCAAAGUCACUUAAAUUCCUAUGGAAUUGGAUUACUUUGUGUGUUCUUAUUCAGCACAUAAACCCCAUCGAGCGUCCCGGGGGCUGCGGUUCGUCCCUCCCUCGGUCUGUCUGCCCGCCUCCCGCCCAGCUCUAAACUAAAUCCACACCGUAGCAUUUUGCAUUUGCCAAAUCUUUAUAAAAUGUUCCUUGUGAAA